AAUUCAUUCUUUCAAUUAAUUAUUUGCCUUAGUACACUGUCACUAUUACCAAUACUUAUAUAAUUAUUCUAGAUUCUUUCAUAUACAAAAUUGGUAUUAGUUUUCAAAUUUGCCGCGCAAAAAAUGGCCGCAUCAAAAUGGCCGUCUGUCAAACCUGAAAUGCUGUUAGACCAUCUACAAUUUUGUUAGUUCAAUCCAAAUAAUUACCACGACAUCAGCACACAUAAAUAAUGGAGAUAUAAUUCAAAUCUUAGUUUUUCAAUAUGAUUGGAAUUAUUUUUUAAUUCAUAAAAUCAAAUAUAUAGAAAGAGUAAUAUAUAAAAGUUAUUGUUAUUAUAAGUGAUACGUGUCAUUACGAUUUGACAUUAAUCAUUCGUAUUGGAUAAAUGGAAGGAACAUGACAUACUUCAACUUACUACAAAUAAUUUAAAUCGUUGUAAUUAUAUGAUAAAGGCCUAAAUAAACGGUUAUGUUUGAUUUUCUUUUGUAAACAAAUAUAUUUAUACAUAUAUUUAAUUGAACGUAUUUAUGUAUAUAUUUCAAAAUGCAGUGGCCGUCAUUGAGUCUUAUACUUUCUGAAGUGUUUUUAGCAUAUAUUGUUUAUUCAAUAUAUACAUUAUCUUUAUUAUUUGUUGUUCCAUCAUGUGAGAAAGGAAAACCAUGCUUAGAGUCUUAUUUAUACAAAAAUCCGCAAUCCCAAUUACAUAUUUAUAGUUCUGUAACUGAGAGACCAAUAGAAAGAGAAGUUAAUUUGUUGUAUACGUUGGAAAAUUUUAAUUAUACUCAAACACAAAACAUUUCUCUUUCCAUAGAUCUUCCUCGAAAAACUAAACAAAAUGGAACGCUGUUUCUACAUGUGAUAAUGGUGCCUAUUUACUAUAAACAAGUUAAAUCCUUUAGAGAAUUGCAAAAGGAUUUACUUAUGGCAUAUACUACUAUAAAACUAACACAAUAUUCAGUACCUGAAGCAGAAGUUUUUAAUUUAUUAGAAGAACGAGAUGUAAGUGCAAGAACAACCAAAAAAUAUGUGUAUCCUGUAACACAUAUUAAAAGCAAAGUAACAUUUACAAUAAUGACAGAAGAUAUUAAAUUUCCAACAGAUGGUGUACCCAUGGAACUCAUACAUGAUUUAAGGAUAAUAAAUGGUAAUAAAUUUUUACCAAUUAUUAACUAUGACUUUUUACAAACUCGACAUCGUGAUCUUUUACAAAUAUCACCACAGAAUAAAACUGUUAAUGUUUCUCUUAUGUAUACUCCAAUAACUCUUGGAAAAUUAAGAUUGAUAUUGCAUGUUGAAGCUGCUAUGCAGAGUUUGAAAAAUCUUGGAUUUUCAGACAAGGAUAUAGAUGAAGUUAAAGGAAUUUUUGCAGAUACUAAUAUAUAUUUAUUAGGAAGUACUUUCUUCAUUGCAGCCAUUCAUUUGCUGUUUGAUUUUCUCGCUUUCAAAAGUGACGUGAGUUUUUGGAGAAGAAAGAAUAAUCUUGCUGGACUUAGUAAAUGGACAGUUGUAUGGAGAGCUUUCAGUCAGACUAUUAUUUUUUUCUAUUUGUUAGAAGAAAAUUCAUCUUUACUUGUACUCAUACCAACUGGAAUAGGCACCAUUAUAGAGUUAUGGAAAUUAAAAAAAAUAUUCAGAAUAGAAGUGAUCAGUAAUAAUGGUAUUAUUCCAAGAAUUCAUUUUAAUGAAAAUAAAAUCAAUGCAGCUGAAGCACAAACAAGAGUAUUUGAUGCUGAAAGUAUGCGAUAUCUAAGUUAUUUGUUAUAUCCACUUGUUAUUGGUGCUGCACUUUAUUCAUUACUUUAUCAACAUCACAAAAGUUGGUACUCUUGGACAAUACAUUCCCUGGUAAAUGGCGUCUACGCAUUUGGAUUUUUAUUCAUGCUUCCACAACUUUUUAUUAAUUAUAAAUUAAAAUCUGUUGCUCAUUUACCAUGGAGAGCAUUCAUGUACAAAGCAUUUAAUACUUUCAUCGAUGAUAUAUUUGCAUUUAUUAUUACAAUGCCAACUGCUCAUAGAAUAGCAUGCUUCAGGGAUGAUGCAGUUUUUCUUAUUUAUCUUUAUCAAAGAUGGUUGUAUCCUGUUGAUAAAUCACGUACAGAUGCUGAUACUAUAGCAGAAGAAACUGUAGACGUUAAUAGUUUAACGAAAAAGAUUAAUUAACAAACAAAAAAAUGAUUACCAUAUCAAUCAGUCAGACACAAAUAUUUGGACGGUAGUAUAACUUUGAACAUUGUGCUUUAUAUAUUAAGUAUAAAUAUAACAAUAAACAGAAAAAAGGUUUAAUGUUGUUAUAUUGCAAUUUCUUGUUAAUAAAAAUACAGAGAGUGAGAGAGAGAGAGAGAGAGAGAGAACAUUUUUUAUUUUAUACAUAUAAUUGUUGAAAUAUAAUAAUUACAAAGAUAUUCAUUAAUUUCAGUUAAUUCAUGAAGUUUAACAAAUAUUUGGAUACUAAACAUAUUUCAGGAGAUUUUUCAUUCCCAUUCCUAGAAAAUAAAACAGACAAUGUUUCUAUUGAAACACUGUUGAAAAAACAUUGUGAAAAUUUUAUACAGAAGAUAUAUUAUACAAAUAGACUGUUUAUCUGCACGUACACUUCAUCAUGUUUCAUCAUAGGAUAAUGAUAAUCAAGUAUGAUAAGAUUAAAUUUGGUCUGAACAUCUGAUAAGGUAAAGAAAUAGAAAAUUUAUUUAAAGAAAAAUAAAAAGCAAUAUUUAUAAUAAAA